AUGGAGACUGGCCGGAUAGUUAGCUGGCAGAAGAAAGAGGGAGACGAACUGGCUGAAGGUGACGUGUUGUGUGAGAUCGAGACGGACAAGGCCACCAUGGGUUUUGAAACUCCCGAAGAAGGUUUCCUUGCAAAAAUUGUCAUUCCUGAAGACACCAGGGGCGUACCAAUUGGAAAACUACUUUGCAUAAUAGUCGACAGCAAAGAUAAAGUGGCAGCGUUCAAGAACUUCAAAGAUGAUGGAGCAACAGUGAAACCACCACCGCCUGCUCCUGCGCCAGCCUCACCACCUCCCGCAGCACCAGCGGCUGCACCACCCCCUCCGCCGCCUCCUUCGGCUGCUGCACCCCCUCCACCUGCAGCUGCUCAUCCGGGAGGACAUGUAAGCGCUACGCCUUUCGCCCGGAAGCUCGCUGCUGAGCGUGGCGUGGAUAUAAGUGGAGUAGCUGGUACGGGUCCUGGUGGACGAAUUCUCGCAGCAGACCUUGCACGAGCUCCGGCUGGUGCGGCCGCACCGGCAGCUGCCGGAGCUGCAGCAGCGCGUCCAGCCAUUCCUAGUACGCCGGGUGCUGCUUAUACAGAUAUUCCCCUUACGGGUAUGCGCAGUACUAUUGCAAAGCGUUUAACGGAAAGCAAGAGCACAAUUCCUCAUUACUAUCUCACCGCUGAAAUUAACAUCGACGCGUUGCUCAAAGUGCGUGAGAAAUUGAAUAAAUUGCUCGCUCAAGGAACCGGUGGAUCAACCAAGAUCUCCAUAAAUGAUUUUAUUGUCAAGGCAUCUGCUUUGGCGUGUCUGCGUGUACCGGAAGUCAACAGUUUCUGGAUGGAAUCGUUCAUUCGUCAGAAUAACACCGUCGAUGUGAGUGUAGCUGUGAGCACUCCAUCGGGACUGAUUACCCCUAUUGUAUUCAACGCUCAUGCAAAGGGUCUGGCCACCAUAUCGGCGGAGGUCACGGAAUUGGCUGCUCGUGCCCGAGAGGGUAAAUUGCAACCAAACGAGUUCCAGGGUGGCACUUUCACGGUGUCGAACCUUGGCAUGUACGGAAGUGUUACCGAUUUCACAGCCAUCAUCAACCCGCCUCAAUCAUGUAUCCUUGCAAUAGGUGGUGCCGAAACGAAGCUGGUUCCAUGCGAAGAGGAAGGAUACCGGAGUACAAAAGUCAUGAAAGUGACACUGUCCUGUGAUCAUCGCGUCGUAGAUGGAGCAGUCGGAGCGGUCUGGUUAAAACAUUUCAAAGAGUUCCUCGAAAAGCCGCACACCAUGCUUCUUUGA